GAAAGGUGCAGAAUAGACUGACGAAGUUGGAGCAAAACAUGUUUGCUAAGAUCGUUUUCUAUGUUGUUGCGGCGCUUCUCAUCUGCACUGUUGUGCUGGCAACUGAAACUACAGACACAUUAGAUAACGGAUGCACUAUUACCAGAAGUUCUACAGAAGCCGAAGCUGGAAAUAUCACUGUUUCUGAUUUGAUAGCGUUAUGGUUCACUGAUCCUCCUCCUCAUCUUAAUUGCUCCGGCAAAGGACACAAAAGAUUGGAUGUUGAAGGGGUUGUAUCAGACGCAAAGUCACUAACAGUUUCCUACAAUGAUCUGGUUGAAUUGCAAGUUGAUGAUCUUGAGGAAUUCACUCAACUUACAAAACUGGAAUUGAAAAUGAACAAACUUGUAAGAAUUUCACCUUCAACCAACAACCUGACCAUUUCAACACUUGUGUUUCUCUCAAUAGCAUAUAACCGACUUGAAGUCGUUCCUACUGAAGCACUCAAAUCUUUCCCAAACCUUAGGAUUCUAAUUCUACACAGCAACCAGAUACAUACAAUAGCUCCGGAUGCUUUUAAAUAUAAUGGAAAGAUAACUCAUCUGAGCAUUGGACCAAACCCUGUAGUGGAUUUUAAUGGAGAAUGGAUGACUGGAAUGAACCUAAUGUAUUUAAGUUUAAACAGCAUGGGCAUUCGUAUAAUACCUGAGCAGUUUAAAGAAAUGACAAAUCUAAUGUGGACGAAUCUAGCAAGCAAUAAGAUACGCAGAAUCAAUGCAAGCACUUCUCUUAAACUGACUCAACUCGAUACAAUAUAUCUCGCCAAUAAUGAAAUCGAAUACAUUGACAAAGAUGCAUUUAAAGGUGCGGUAAAACUUCGAGACAUUGAUCUAUCCGAUAACCGAAUCCAAACCCUUGAUAAGGGAACAUUCAAGGAUAUGAAAGGUGAAAAUCUUGUUUUGAACUUACUGGAGAACCCUCUUGGAUGCGACUGUAACACUGCUUGGUUUAAAAGCUGGACAGAUGAGGUAGGGGCUCAAAAUUUGGCGACCGACAUUCGCUACAAAUGUUACCAACCAGCAAGAAACCAUGGAAAGAAACCAUCCCAGUUGACACUGGAUGAUUUCACUUGUAGAUCAUCUGAUGUUAUUUGGGAAGAUUGUAAUCAGCCUCAGCCAAUAGGUCGACCAAGUUCAACAUUGUUAACAACAUCAACAGCCAGCACACAUUUACCCGAUAUUGAUGUAGCAUGUCCUUCUAUGUGUUCAUGUUAUGAUGAAAAUGGAAUACUUUAUCAUUCGCCUCCGAAUUCGCAUAGCAAUGAUGAAGGCUGGAUGCAUUGGAUGAGCAAAUCAUAUCCAAUGGUUAAUUGCAACACUGCCAACUUGGAUAGAAUCCCAUUAGGAAUCAGAAAAGAUGUUAAAACUCUAACUUUGAGUGGGAACCACUUAAAGUUGUUAGAUGUCGGGGAAAUUUCCCAAUUUCCUGAUUUGGAAAAGCUUGACCUAAAAAAAAACAUGAUCAUGACAAUUCGAACUUCUCCUGCUAUGAUGCCAAAACUAACUUUCCUAAACUUACGGUUAAACAACAUCAGCGGGUUGUCCAAGACUCAUUUAAAAUCUUUCCCCAACCUUGAAGUGCUGACGUUACAGCAUAAUAAUAUUACCAAGAUACCAAACGACUUGUUCAAGUACAACAGAAAAUUAAUUCGUCUUUACAUCGGACCAAACCCAAUCAAAUCUUUCCAAAGUAAUUGGUUGGGCACAUUAAGCUUGCGAAGUUUGGCUUUAAGAAAUGUUUCAUUAACAAAGAUUCCAUCUCAGCUGCUAUUACAGAAAAACUUAACAUAUGUUGAUAUGAGUGACAACUACAUAACUACAAUUAGGAAUAAAACAUUUUCCAAACUUACAAAACUCAAAUGGCUCAUUCUUGAAAAUAAUAGAAUCGCAAAUAUUCAAGCUAAUGCAUUCAAUGGUGCCACUUCACUGAGGAUGAUUGAUUUAUCGGAAAAUAAUUUGAAGACUUUGCCCGGCUCUGUGUUCAGCAAUAUCAGCAAAGAACGACUUAAUAUUGAAUUAUGGGAGAAUCAGUUCAUGUGUGAUUGUAAGAUGAAGGAUUUGAAAAUAUGGAUUGAAAAGAUGGAAGCUUUAGAUCCAAUGGCGGAUAUAAGAUUCAAAUGUAAAACACCAACAAGAAUGCACGAGCAAGUUUCGGACCAAUUAAAUCCAGAAGACUUUGUGUGUCAGAACGGGGACUCUGACGUAGUAAUAGGUUCCAUUUGUAAAGCUUGCCCAAACCCUACUGGCCAGAUUAUACUUGCAAUUGUAUUGACUUUUAUCUUUACAUUGCUGAUGGGAAUUAUUGCGUGGAAAUGCACUUUUCGACGAAGAUAUGGUGACUUAUUACAAUACGCAAAAGCAAGGAAUGACAAUGGUUAUGAUGAGGAAUUUUAAAGUUGUUUAUUUUUUAACGAAUAUCGCGAUAACAGCUGAAUAAUUUACUACUUGCUUGAAGUUUUUUUCUAUAAGAUCGUGUAAAGUUAAUUUCUUAAUAAAACUUGUAUAAAAACAAG